AUGGGCGGGGCGAUGGGAGGAGGGGCCGGAAGUGGGUUGUCGUAACCCGGAAGGGGAAUCCUUCCCUGGCUGUUGUGUUGACAUUUUCAAGCUGCUGCUGUUUCUGCGGCCGAGGGAGCCUUCGGGGAAGGAUGGUGUGCGAAAAAUGUGAAAAGAAACUUGGUACUGUUAUCACUCCAGACACAUGGAAAGAUGGUGCAAGGAAUACCACAGAAAGUGGUGGAAGAAAGCUGAAUGAAAAUAAAGCUUUGACUUCAAAAAAAGCAAGAUUCGAUCCAUAUGGAAAGAAUAAGUUCUCCACUUGCAGGAUUUGUAAAAGUUCUGUGCAUCAACCAGGUUCUCAUUAUUGCCAGGGCUGUGCCUACAAAAAGGGCAUCUGCGCAAUGUGUGGAAAAAAGGUUUUGGAUACCAAAAACUACAAGCAAACGUCUGUGUAGAUGUGUUAAUGACAUUUCUGGCUUUCUAUGUGAUUUUUAUUUUUCGCUUUCAACUUUCAAGGCAUAACACAGUUGUUCAAGUUCCAAAAUAACACGUUAUAAGAUAAUAUUAAACCAAGGAAGUUGAUUGGUGUUCAUUUUUUGCUCUUAAGAAGUUCUAAACAACAAGUAACUGGUUUCUUGCCUUAGUUCUUUUCCUCACAAGCAACUUGUUGAACUAGAAUAAGUGACAAGUUUAAUGAAAAAUAUUUUCUGAUUUCUGUAGAUGGUUUUUCUUUAUCAUUAUUCAUAUAAUUCUUAUCCUCACUCUCUACUUUAUUUAUUGAUAUCACAAAAGUGAGGAGGAGAUUAUUGAUAUUUUGCUCUGAACUUUGCAUCAGACUUAUAACUCUUCUUUCAUUCCCUUGUUGUUGGCAUAGUUCUUAGAAUCAGCAGUCUCUUUAUUAAUUGUAGGUUCACAGGGCAUUGAAAUAUCCGAGACCAUUACAGCUGUAUAGUUCCUUAGUCAUUAGCCCAGACCCAAAUCACAAGUUGUGUUUAUGAUACUUUUACUUGUUCUUGAGGCCAAAGUGCCAGUACCUUUUGUAUGAGAAUGAGAACACAAGGGGUCACCCCAUGUGUGUCCAAAUGAAUACACUGAAUUUCAGAAGUACAUUUUAUCACAAUUACCUUGAAUUCAAACUGUCCUGAAAGUUUAAAGCCAAGAAACAGUGUAUAUCCAUGGGAAUGUGUAAUGAAUGAGUUACUUCUCUUUAGGAAAACUCUUUGAAGCAAAACCCAAACUUUUUUUUUUUACCUCCCCUCCCCACCCACCAAAAAUAAAUAGAACAAAAUCAA